CAUGACUUGGAUGGGCUGGUCAAAGCGCCUGGCGAAACAGUGCAAGGUUCUGAGACAGGCGCAUUCCGACUGGCCUAGCAGCGGAUCCAUCCAACUGGCGGCGGAGCUAACGAACCCCCCCAAGCUCGUCCCAAGUCGAGUCUCGCACGAGCCACCAGCCACACCCGCCAAAUGGAAUCGCAGCCAGAGCGGUUUAAGACCAUCAAACUGCCCCUCCGCAGCACUCGCAUGAUUUAACGUUCAGGGUUGCAUGUUGACUCGACCGCCCUGGGAUGAUCCCGUAUCUUGCGUGUGUGUCUGGCCCCGAUGUGCCCGAUUCCGCCCCAAUAUCCAGCCUGCGCACCUAACUUGAACCAUGUCGGACGAGGUAUCUGAUUUUCUUCGGUCGGUUGAGCUGUUGAAGGGACGACGCGAGGAGGAAGACGAGGCGCGUUCGCGCGAACUCGAGGAAAAGAUUCUCCAAGAAAAACGAGAACGCCAGGCGCGACGUGCAGAGCGCGCAAGAUCAAUUUCUCCACAGAAAUCAUCACCGGUCAACACCCCGUCGCCUUCUGCACAGCGAACAAACCGUGCCCUGGCUACCGACGACACAUUGCUGACCUCGCCGGGACUUGAAAGUUCUGGCAGCCCGCGGGCACGCGUCGCCCGCUCGUCGGAAGCCAUGGACAGCACUACCGACUACUCCAACUCGAACUCCCCCACCAAAGAAAACGACUCGCCGUUCGACUUGGAAUUCAAGCGAUCGAGUCUUACCCUGACCUCGCCCUCGGUCGGCGGGCCGCCCUCUCGCUCGCCCCUUUCGUGGCAGCGCCGGCCCCCAUCUCAAGCGUCGGACCGGCCCCGGCCGCUCUCUGUUGUCGCUGCAGAAAACGCGGCUGCUCGAUCAUCUCCUAACCCCCCCUCUGAGCCAACGCCGGCGCCAGAGCAGACCCUGACGCGUGACCAGAUUGCGCAGUCGCUGGCAGGCAAGGACCCAACCUGGUUCCGCCAGACGGCCGACCGCGGACAGAACUCUCCGGCAUACCGGCGCAACCAGGUCGAGGAUACCGACGUCGUCGACAUGUCGUCGUCGCGCGUCCAGCUGGCCGGAAUGUCACGCAGUCCUGCAGCUGCUCAGCCGUUCAGAGAUAGCCCGGUCCCUGCGCCCGAUUUUUCUGCGCGGCACAGCAAGAUUGGAUCGCCACUUGUUCUCAGUGGUCCCCAGCGCCUCGACCCCCCAACUGGAGAGACCGGCGGUGGCGGAGAAACAUCGUCGAGCGAUCGUCAGCCGGCUCUACCCACCAGCGGGCGUACGUCGCCAAGCAGGCCAGUGUCUCCAACCAAGGGAAUGGGCGGAUUUGUGCAGAGCGCCAUGAUGAAGCGCUCGGAUAGUGUAAAGCGUUGGAGUGUUACCUCGCCAGGAGGGCUGCAGCGUGCAGAUUCCUCCGUAUCUAGCAGAGGCGGCCUCGAAGGUGCGCCAAAAGGCAACCGUCCAGCCAGCGUGCUCAGGGACGGGUCGACGACGCCUUCGUCUCGGCCAACCUCGAGUCACGAAAAAGAGCCCGAGAAUUCGACCGCCACGGCCUCUGCCACCGUCCCCGAUGAGGCUGCCCCGACAGAACCCGAGGAAGAACCUGAACAGACGACUCCGCCAGUAAGCCCGUCCAAGACAAUGGAUCCGCGGAGAUGGAGCCCGACCAAGUCUUCCAGCUGGCUUGAGGCGGCUCUCAACAAACCUGAAUCACCAAAACCGAAGCCCACUCCGCCGCCUUCCAACCAGCCAGCUUGGAUGGUCGAGCUGAACAAGGCAAAGGCCCAAAAAACCAAUAUCGGAAGUGGAGGUUCUAUUCGGAGCCCGUCUCUUCCUAAGAAACCCGAGAUCAAGACUGGCGGUCUUUUGAAGUCUACGCCGAUGGGUGCGGGCGCGGGUCCAGUCUCCGCCGGCCUGGGCGGUUUUCCGCGUGUCUCGCCGAGCGACAAGGCUUCGCCUAGUCCCUUCCGGGGAAGCUUCGCGAAGCCUCUGUCAAGACGAGGGAGCGAGGACCCAGGGAGUAACAUUCUAGAUGGUUCGAGCGAUUCUUCGGCACUGACAAAGACGAAGCUUGAAACACCACCGGUAAAGGACUUUCGAGCAAACCUCAAACCGCGCGUGCCGCCCCCCGAGACAGGGACAGGCAAGCCUGAUGAGCUGAAAAAUGUCUUUGGUAACUUGCGACGAACAAAGACACAGAACUAUGUGGCCCCUGACGAGCUGAAAGGCAACAUUCUACGAGGUAAGGCAGCACUGAACACCACAGGCGGCCCCCAGAAGAACGAGCGCAAGGAUGAAUUCAAAGAUGCGAUUCUGAAGAAGAAGGAGGAGUUUAAGAAGGCGCAACAGGAAGGCCGGGGAGUCACAAAAGGCCCUGGAUCGUCCAGCUCGCUUGAUGAGAAAUCUAUCCCCGAAGGGCUUGCGAAGAAACUAGAAAUCGCCCGGACCGGCAACACUUCGAGGCAAGGCUCAACAACUUCAAUAACUUCUGACUCGACUUUAGAUACUCCACAGACUGGUCUCUCCAGCCGACUUCAAAGCAAGGUCAGCGGUGGAGGAUUGGCUGACCGUUUCAACCCAGCAUUGGCCGGCUUGCUUGCAAGGGGCCCUCCUCCCGCUUCUGGUCCACAGAAGAGCCCUGACACUUCCUUGGGCACCCCAACAUCAAAUUCGGUAGGGGCGGAGGAUGUUACUGGACCCGGCCCUCAGCUAACGCACAUGACGAAAGGACGAGCUCGUGGCCCUAGGAGGAAGGCUCCAACUUCUGUUGCUGGUGCAAAGCAAGCCGAGGAGCCGAAGGGGCCCGAGCCCGAGCCCAAGGAGCUCCAAAAGCCUAGUGAGCCUGUAACUCCUAAAGAGCCUAGAGAGUCUGUCAAGCCGGAGGUGACGGCGACGUCUCCGGUGCAGAAGAAGCCUCCCGUUACCUCCCCGAAGCCUCAGAAGUUUGUCACGACUCCGACUCCGACUCCGAAGCCAGAAACCAUCACCCUUGUAGAUCCUAGAAGGUCGCUCGUGCAAGAAACGCCUACAACGGCGGGGGAGAGCGUAAUCCCGUUAGUUGACUCGUCUAAGCGAGUAUCGGAGGUAGAGCCGUCGUCAACUGGCCGGCCUAUUCAGCUGGUUGACUCUUCAAUCCGGACGCGUCCGCGAUCGCCGACCAAGGUCCAUGAACAGGUGGCGGCACUUGCAGCGAAGAAUCAGCAGGCGUCGAAACCGACAGAGCCGGCAGAUCAGCCAGUAUCUCAACCCCCCUCUCCCAAGAAGCUUGUGUUGAAGAGGAUUUCGAAGUUCUUGGACGACCAAGAAACACCAAUCCCAAGGCCAGAGCCUGAAAAAUCGCGGCCAUCCUCGCCCAUAAGAGGGCGAUCAUUCCCUGACCCCACAAUCACAGUGCCGGGAAAACAGCCGUCGAAAGACAAGGCCGACUCGGGGCCUCCGGUCUCUGCGAAGAGCAACGCCACCCUGUUUAGUGGUGUUGGCUUGGGCCUGAGCAGGACAGCCGUCAAGCCCGGCCCAGGAUCUGCUGGGGACGGAGCAGACGCGCAGACUGAACAAAGCCCUCGCCUGCCUCCCAAGGGUGCCAGACCGUUACCACCGCCUCCCAAAUUGGCAAGGACGCCACCCAGGAUAACGUCCCCAACACGGUCUCCGUCGCGAUCUCCGAGCAAGUACAGCGUCGACGUAUCAAAUCUAUUUUCCGACUUUUUCGGGCCGGAACGCCCGAAGCGGAGGUAUACGGCAGAUGCGGCCGACAUCCUCAUGCGCCGACCCGUGAUGGGAUCUACAGUCAAGACGCUGAGGACCCAGCUCUUCCAAGUGUUUGGCGACGGCAAGAAGCUCCCGGUGCCGGCGCAUCACGAACGGGUGCUCUUUGAGCGCGAGAUGUACCUCUGCCCCCACUCGUUCACCGACAGUGCCGGAAGAAAGGUGAAUGAGGUUUACUUUUGGUCCGGUGAUGAGGUGCCCGAGUCGGCCUUGCAGGAUGCCGAAGUCUUUGCGCCGCGGGAAGCCAGGGCGUUUGGUGGGAAACUCGUGAGGCUAUCGCAGGGCAAGGAGACGGCCGAGUUCGUGCAAGCGCUCGGGGGCAUUGUGAUUGUGCGUCGUGGGUCGAGCAACAAGUACGACUCGUUAGCACCGAACAUGCUCUGCGGCCGCCGCUAUUUGGGGCAAGUUGCUUUUGACGAAGUCGAUUUCUCGCCCGCGAGCCUCUGCUCGGGCUUUCCAUACCUUAUCACCCAGCAGGGCAAGUGCUACCUUUGGAAGGGCAAGGGCAGCGAUGUCGACGAGCUGGGUUGCGCCCGGCUUGUGGGCAUGGACCUUGCGCUCAUGGGCGAACUGUUAGAAAUCGAAGAGGACAAUGAGCCGGAUAGCUUCUGGGACAUUUUUGGCGGCGGCGCCAGAGCGCCUUCGGCGGACCACUGGCGCCUGAAGCCAAACUACGGCAGGUACUGCGGCCGGCUGUUUUGUUCCAACUCGGCCGACAGGCACCAGAUCUCGGAGCUCUUCCCCUUUAAGCAGACUGACCUGCUGUCCAGCAACAUCUACGUCCUCGAUGCCUUCUUUGAGAUGUACAUCAUCGUCGGCGCGCAGUCGCAGCACCAGUACGCUGCCUUCCGCAACGCCCUGGACUUUGCCCAGGAAUAUGCCAUCUUGGCGGCCGGCAUGGAGGACCGUCCCUUUGUGCCCAUCUCUACAGUCGUCCUCGAGGGCAUCCCGAGAGACCUGAAGAGCGUCUUCCGCAAGUGGCAGGACGUGGCUAGCCCCACGAUUACGAACCCGCCCAGCUACCAACAGCAGCCACAGACGCCGGGCGGAGGGAGUGGCAGUGGCAGCGGGAAUCUGAGGCGCGGCAGGAGCUUGAGGAUCGUGCCACUCAACCAAGCGCUUCAGGCUGUGUCGUUGACCGAGUCAUGA